AUGGACAACAAAGAAGAGCAGAACAUGGACGGCUCGUCCAUUGUGAGUCUCCUGUUGUCUUGUACCUCUUCCAAGGGUAGUGUACAUGGGGUAUCGGGAGUCGUGCUGACACACCACGCAGAAGCCAGUUUCCUCCCUUCGCGCCCAAUUCGAGAAUCUCCUCAGCACCAAUAA